AUGAUUUUGCAUUUCUUUCUACCUGUCUUUGUGGUAGCCACUGGGCUCUUUUCCUCGGCACAACCUCUAGAAGAACGACACGCAAAUGGGAACCCCUUCAGCCUGUAUGCCUAUGGCGAUGGCAUCAACGGACUGCCCAUCUUCUAUGCAGAUGGACAAGCUCAGAUUGGUGACAUGUCGCUGUCCAAUGCAUCCAACAAAGUCCCUAUGUAUGUAACUUACUCCGGCAAUGAUCGCACGACUUGGAUUGCCCACGUCAAUGCCACGCAAUCCACCCGUACCUUCGCAACACUCGGCUCAUCCACCACUUCCACCACAAACCUGCUGUGCUUGAAAGAGAGCAACUCUGUUACCAACCCGGUCAUAUUCAAUAGCAUGGACACUGUUUCUAGCUUGAAUGCAGACAGUGGAACGAUAACAAAUGCCUGGUCCCUGUACGGUUCAACUGUGCUGAUAAACCGACCCGGCGGGAAUUUCUACGCCAAAUCACCCGGCGAGAAUGGGUGGUGGCAGCUCGCGUGGAGUACCUUGAACGAUGCGGAAUUAGAAGCCACUGCUAUUAUUCUGAGAACAAAUCCGCCUGUUUUGGAUUAG